GCUCGCCGACCUCAACGACAGCCAGGGGGCACAGGGGCCGGCCCGCUAUCUGCACAGGGCCCUCCAGGGAGGCCGGACCCCCCGUGCCCAUGGAGCUGCUGUUUGCUCUCCUGCUGCUGGUCCAGGUGCCCGGUGCGGGGAGCCAGGACGUGCCCGGCUGCUCCGCGGGGAGCUGCCACCCGGCCACCGGGAACCUGCUGAUCGGGCGGGCCCAGAACCUGAGUGCCACGUCCACCUGUGGACUGCAGGGGCCCCAGGAAUACUGCAUCGUCAGCCACCUGCAGGACUCGGAGAAAUGCUUCUCCUGCGACUCCCGGUCCCCGUCUCUGCGCAACAGCCACCGCAUCCAGAACGUGGUGUACCUCGGCGGCCGGGAUGGCCACACCACCUGGUGGCAGUCAGAGAAUGGCGUGGAGCACGUCACCAUCCGCCUGGACCUGGAGGCCGAGUUCCACUUCACCCACCUCAUCAUGACCUUCAAGACCUUCCGCCCGGCGGCCAUGCUGGUCGAGCGCUCGGCGGAUUUCGGCCGCACCUGGCAGGUUUAUCGCUACUUCGCCUAUGACUGCGCCUCGGCCUUCCCCAGUGCUGCCCCCGCGCCCCUGCGCAGGGUGGACGAUGUCAUCUGCGAGUCCCGCUACUCGGACAUCGAGCCGUCCAGCGAGGGGGAGGGUGUAACUGUAACCAGCACUCGCGCCGGUGCCACUUCGACAUGGCCGUGUACCUGGCCACGGGCAACACCAGCGGGGGCGUCUGUGACGACUGUCAGCACAACACCAUGGGCCGCAGCUGCCAGCUCUGCAAACCCUUCUACUACAGGGACCCCAGCCGGGACCUGCGGGACCCCGGGGCCUGCCGAGCCUGUGACUGUGACCCAGUUGGCGCCCUGGACGGUGGGAUCUGCGAUGCCCACGACGACCCGGCGCUGGGGCUCCUGGCCGGGCAGUGCCGCUGCAAGGAGCACACGCGGGGCCCACGCUGCGACCAGUGCCAGCCGGGGUUCUUCGGGCUCAGCGGGGACAACCCCCAGGGCUGCCAGCGCUGCCAGUGCCACCCCCAGGGGACAGUGUCGGAUGGGACCCAGUGCGACCCCGUCAGCGGCAACUGCUUCUGCAAGCGCUUGGUGACCGGCCGAAGCUGUGACCAGUGCCUGCCUGUCUGUGCGACCCCCAGGGCUCGCUGAGCGCUGAGUGCGAGCCCAACGGGGGGCAGUGCCAGUGCAAGGCCAGCGUGACGGGGCGUCGCUGCCACCACUGCUCCCCGGGCACCUUUGGCUUUGGGCCCAGCGGAUGCCGAGCCUGCCAGUGCAACAGUGACGGGGCCCUGAGCAGCUUCUGCGACAGCUUCAGUGGGCAGUGCCCCUGCCGGCCGGGCGCCUUUGGGCCCCGCUGCGACCGCUGCCAGCCUGGCUCCUGGGGCUUCCCCCACUGCCAGCCCUGCCAGUGCAAUGGGCACUCGGAGGAGUGCGACCCACGGACCGGCAGCUGCCUGCACUGCCGCGACCACACGGAUGGCGACAGAUGCCAGAGAUGCGCAGCUGGCCACUACGGGAACCCCACACUGGCCUCGGGGGAGCGCUGCCGGCCCUGCCCCUGCCCCGACGGGCCUGGCAGCACCCGCCACUUCGCCGCCUCCUGCCGCCAGGACAGCCGCUCCCGCCAGGUGAUCUGCAACUGCAACCCCGGCUACACAGGUCUGCGCUGCGAGGAGUGUGCCCCUGGGCACUACGGGAACCCCUCGCAGGCCGGCGGGCGCUGCCAGCCCUGCCAGUGCAACGGCAACAUUGACCUGCUGGACGCGGCGGCGUGUGAGCGGCGCUCGGGGCGCUGCCUACGCUGCCUGCAUCACACGGAGGGGGAGCACUGCCAGCACUGCCAGGCCGGCUACUACGGUGACGCCACCCGCCACAGCUGCCGGCGCUGCUCCUGUAACGUCCUGGGCACGGAGCGCAGCAAGUGCAGUGCACAGGAUGAAUGCCAGUGUGAUCGGCGUAGCGGGCAGUGCCAGUGCUUACCCAGCGUCCAGGGGCAGAGCUGUGACCGCUGCGCCCCCAACUUCUGGAACCUGGCCAGCGGGAAGGGCUGUGAGCCCUGUGCCUGCCACCCCCAGCACUCGCUGGGCCCAGCCUGCAACCAGUUCACAGGGCAGUGCCCGUGCCAGCCGGGCUUCGGGGGCCGCACCUGCGCCGACUGCCAGGAGAACCACUGGGGCGAGCCCAGUUUGCAGUGCCGAGCCUGUGACUGCGACGCCCGCGGGGUCGAGAGCUCCCAGUGCCACCGCGCCACCGGGCACUGCUCCUGCCGCCAGGGGGUGUCGGGUGUCCGCUGCGACCAGUGCGCCCGCGGCUUUUCUGGCGCCUUCCCCGACUGCCAGCCCUGCCACCAGUGCUUUGGGGACUGGGACCGUGUGGUGCAGGACCUGGCUGCCCGCAUCCGGGGCCUGGCACUGCGUGCCAAACACAUCCAGCAGACGGGCGUCGCAGGCGCCUUCGAGAGGAACUUCCGCCAGCUGGAGGAGAAGCUGGGCACGGCCCGGGCCAUCGUGGACGCCCGCAACGCCACCGCGGCGGCUAUGACCCAGCUGCUGCGCACCAUGGAGGAGCUGCGGCAGCACAUCGGCGAAGCCACGGAGACGCUGACCCAGCUGGAGGGCGAGCUCACCACGGCACAGGACGAGAACUACAACGCCAAGCGCGCCCUGGGCACCCUGGACCGCGGUGCCCGUGGCCUCAACCUCACCCUGCACGACCUGGCACGCCAGCUCCACCUGCUCAAGAACUCCAACUUCCUGGGUGCCUACGACAGCAUCCGCCAGUCCCACGCCCAGUCACGGGCGGCUGCGCAUGAUGCCAAUGCCUCCAGCCUGGCGGUGCCCAGCGCUGUGAGUGACUCCGCGGCCACCCGGCGCCGCUCGGAGCAGCUGAUGGCACGGAGGAGAGACGACUUCAACCGCCAGAGCGCGGCCAACCGGCGGGCACUGAGCGAGCUGGCCACCAGGGCCCAGACUCUGCAGCUGCGGGAGAUCAACGAGAAGGUGUGUGGUGCCCCCGGGGAUGCCCCCUGCGCCAGCAGCCCCUGCGGGGGGGCCGGCUGCCGGGACGAGGACGGCAGGCGCCACUGCGGGGGCCUCAACUGCCAGGGGGCAGUGGCCAUGGCCAGCAACGCGCGGGAGCGGGCCCGGCACGCCCAGGCCGAGUUGCACCGGGCCAUGGGUGAGGUGGAGGAGCUUUUCCACAAGGUGGCCGAGGCCAAGGGGAAGGCUGACGCGGCCCGGCUGAGGGCACAGGCGGCGCUGGACAAGGCCAAUGAGACCCGGGCGCGGGUGGAGCGCUCCAACAUGGCUCUGCGCGAGCUCAUCCACCAGAUCAAGAGCUUCCUGAGCCAGGAGGGGGCCGACCCUGACAGCAUUGAGGUGGUGGCCGGGCGGGUGCUGGCGCUUUCCAUCCCGGCCUCGCCCGACCAGAUCCGCCACCUGGCCGAGGAUAUCAAGGAGCGGGUCAGCAGCCUGGCCAACGUGGAUGCCAUCCUGGAGCAGACGGCAGGCAAUGUGCGCCGGGCGGAGCAGCUGCUGCAGGACGCCCGCAGGGCCAGGUCCCGGGCUGAGAGCGUGAAGAACGCGGCUGAAGUGGGGAGGCGGGCGCUGGAGGAUGCCAGGCGAGCCCAGAGCGCCGCCGAGAGCGCCAUCCGCAGCGCCAGCAACGACAUCCGCCACACGCAGGGCACCCUGAGCACGAUCCAGCUGCAGGCGGCGAGCACAGAGCGCCAGCUGCAGGGCGCCAUGGAGCAGGUGGAGCGGCUGGACAGCCAGCUGGGUGCGCUGAAGAUGAAACGAGCCAAUAACAGCCUGGUGGCCACUCGGGCCCAGGACACGGCCAACACCGCGCACGCCCGGGCCGGGGAAGUCAAGCAGCUGGCAGAGGGGCGGCUGGAGGCCGAGUACCAGGCGGCGCAGGAGCUGGUGCAGAGCCAGGCGCGUGGCACGCUGCAGGCCAGGCACCGGGCGGAGUGGCUGCGUGAUGAGGCCAAGGCCCUCCUGCGGGAUGCUCAGGGCAAGCUGCAGCACCUGACAGCGCUGGAGGGGUCGUACCAGGAGAACGAGCGGGUGCUGGAGGAGAAGGCAGCCCAGCUAGACGGGCUAGAGGCCAAGGUGAAAAGCAUUGUGGGUGCCAUCAACCAGCAGAUCCAGAUCUACAACACCUGCCAGUGACCCCGAGUGCCCACCGGCCUGUCCCCACCGUCCCCCGACCCAGCCAGCCCGUCCCCAUGUCCAGCCCCCUCUCCAUGUCUGCCAGGGCCUGGGCUUCCCUGCAUGGCUUCGGCCCCCCUGGGAGAACCCUGCCCCCUCGGCACCGUCACUGCUGGGCUGUGCUCAGGACUCCCUCCUGCACAGCCUCGGGACAUCCUGGGCCCCUGCCCUGGGCUGGCACGGUGCCCUUCCCACAGCCCAGGGCGCUGCUGCUGCCUCCAGCCGGGGGCACCAGGACCCUGGCCCAGCGCUAGGCUGGGGGCUGAGGGGGACUCGCACCCUCCACAGCAGGCAGGGCACAAGGUCCACGAGACGAGGUCUUGCAGCCUGUGGUGCUUUGCCCUGGCACAUGGCGGGGGCAGCUUGCGUGUGAAUAAAGCCCUCGCCUGGCA